UCAAGUUCGUCAUCGGUGCAAUAUAAUUUUAUUGCAUAAAAGGUUAUAAAACGUGAACAGCCCAAAAACCCAAUCUUGAAUAAAAGAAAAAAAGAAAUCACUAGAAAUCCACGGUCAUGGUUCAGGUGAUUUCCAUUUCCUUGGACAUGGAGAAGCAUCAUAUGGAAUAUGAAGCUUCUUAACUACUUUUCCUAGUAUAAUUUUUGCCAAAGUUGCAAUCUUGGUGCUCCAAGGAUGAGUGUGUUCUGGAUUGUUUUGCUUUCGACACUCUCUCUAGGAAUUGGAGUGUCAUCCGAUGGCUUGAGUGUGAAUACUUCUUCAAGACCGGUUGUUGUGAACGUUGGAGCGAUAUUCACUUUCGAUUCAACGAUUGGGAGAGUGGCUAAGCUCGCCCUUGAAGAGGCUGUCAAAGAUAUCAAUGCCAACUCGAGCGUGCUUAAAGGCUCCAAAUUCAAUGUCAUCUUUCGAAACUCCAACUGCAGUGGCUUUCUUGGCUUGGUUGAAGCUUUACGGUUUAUGGAGACCGACAUUCUUGCAGUGAUCGGCCCUCAAUCUUCUGUGGUUGCGCAUACUAUCCUGCACGUUGGUAACGAGCUGACAACGCCCUUUGUGUCGUUCUCUGUGACAGACCCGACUCUCUCGAAUCUCCAGUUCCCCUACUUCGUUAGGGCAACGCAGAGUGAUCUGCAUCAGAUGACUGCUGUGGCUGAGAUAGUCGAAAACUAUGGUUGGAAGGAAGUGAUUGUUGUGUUUCUUGAUGAUGACUACGGGAGAAACGGGUUGUCUGCUCUGGAUGAUGCCCUUGCAGCUAGGCGCUGUCGGGUUUCCUACAAAGCAGGGAUUCCUCCCGGGAUUGUGAGCCGGAGCGACAUCAUGGAUAUACUCGUGAAAGUUGCGCUGACAGAGUCUCGUGUCAUCGUCCUGCAUACAUAUCCGCCUACUGGAUUCACGGUGUUCUCUGUGGCGCACUAUCUUGGGAUGAUGGACGAUGGCUACGUCUGGAUCGCCACGGAUUGGCUUGCGUCUGCCGUGGAUUCUGCUUCGCCUUUUCAAUCUGCAGGCAUGAUGGAAAUUCUGCAAGGAGUGAUCUUUCUACGGCAAUACACUCCGGAUUCGGAGAGGAAACAGGCUUUUUCAGCACGGUGGAACAAGGUGACCGGUGGCUCGUUGGGCCUAAGCACGUACGGUCUGUAUGCUUACGAUGCUGCUUGGUUGCUUGCUCAUGCUAUCGACUCGUUCUUCGAUCAAGGAGGGCGUAUCUCGUUUUCUAAUGAUUCGAACCUGCUUUCGACUCAAGGGAGUAAAUUGCAUCUCGACAAAAUGGUCAUUUUCGACGGGGGUCCUCUCCUUCUUAAGACUUUGAUGGAGAGUGACUUUGUAGGUCUAACGGGACGAGUCAAGUUUACCGACGACAGGACCCUCGUUCUUCCUGCAUACGAAGUUAUAAACGUCGUUGGGACUGGUCUCCAUCGGGUUGGUUACUGGUCUAACUACUCAGGACUAUCAACUAAGGCUCCCGAAGCUCUAUAUACGCACCCUCCCAACCGGUCUACUUCGAGUAAUCAGCUAAAGAGCGUGCUUUGGCCGGGGGAAUCCAUAAGGACGCCCCGUGGUUGGGUGUUCCCGAACAACGGGAAGCAACUGAGGAUUGGCGUGCCACGACGAGUUGGUUACAAAGAGUUCGUGUCUCAAGUCCAAGGCACCAAUAACUCGAAAGGCUUCUGCAUAGAUGUGUUCACAGCUGCUGUAAACUUGCUGCCAUAUGCCGUCCCAUAUCAGUUCGUCCCCUAUGGAAAUGGCAUCGAAAAUCCGAGUUACAAUGAGCUCGUGAAAUUGAUCACCACGGGAUUCUUCGAUGGCGUGGUUGGAGACAUUGCAAUCACAACAAACCGGACAAAAACUGCGGACUUCACUCAGCCGUAUGCUGCAUCUGGACUUGUGGUGGUGGCCUCGGUUAGCAAACGGAACACGGGCGCUUGGGCUUUCUUGAGGCCGUUUUCGCCUCAACUGUGGGCGGUUAGUGCAGCGUUCUUUGUCUUCAUUGGCAUCGUCGUGUGGAUUUUGGAGCAUCGGAUGAAUGAUGAGUUCCGAGGGACGCCAAAGCAGCAGCUAAUAACCAUCUUCUGGUUCAGCCUCUCAACUCUGUUUUUUGCUCACAGGGAGACAACGGUGAGCACCCUCGGGCGUGCAGUGCUGAUCAUAUGGCUCUUUGUGGUUCUGAUCAUCAACUCAAGCUAUACUGCGAGCUUGACGUCCAUACUCACAGUACAGCAGCUCUACUCUCCGAUCAAAGGGAUUGAUAGUUUGAGGGACGGGGACGACCCUAUUGGGUACCAAGUGGGCUCUUUCGCGGAGCAUUAUCUGAGCGAAGGGAUUGGCAUACCCAAGUCGAGGCUUAGGCCUCUCGGAUCACCGGAAGAGUAUGCGAUGGCUCUUAAACGCGGCCCCAAGAAAGGAGGCGUUGCUGCUAUUGUCGAUGAACGGCCGUACAUAGAACUUUUCUUGGCAAGCCAGUGCCAGUUCAGGAUUAUUGGCCAAGAGUUCACCAAAAGUGGCUGGGGAUUUGCAUUUCCACGAGACUCUCCUCUGGCCAUUGACCUAUCAACCGCGAUCCUAACCCUAUCCGAGAACGGGGACCUUCAACGGAUCCACGACAAGUGGCUGACGACAAGCACGUGCAGCUCGGAUAACACGGAGCUGGAAUCGGACCGGCUUCAUCUAAAGAGCUUUUGGGGCCUCUAUCUACUAUGUGGUAUCGCGUGCUUCCUUGCGCUCGUCGUCUACUUUAUCCAGAUCAUCAACAGGUACCGUCAAGCUGCCAGGGACGAGCUCACUUCGUCGGAGGGCAGCAGCUCGCGCUCCAAACGCAUCCAAACGUUGCUGUCGUUGAUUGAUGAGAAGGAGGAUAUAUCCCGACGCGAUCGGAAACGGAGAAAGCUGGAGAUGUCGUUGUCGGAGAACAACCAAAGCGAAAGGGAUCAGAGGGAUUCCAACAGAAACAGCUUCAACACAAAGAGUUAAAAAAAUGAACACGUGAUUUUAUUUAUGCUCAUCAAUGUUGAAGCUUAUAUAUGAGAAGUGUUGUGAGUAUAUGAAUAAUUUCAAAUACUGGAAAUUGUAUAUACUAUAGAGGCAUAUAGUUUACAACUAUUUAUUUCAUUGUAUUAA